AUGAGCUACUACGGAUCUGACGUGAAUUCCGCCUCUUCCUACCGGAAGAUUUUCGGGGAGUCUCCCCGCUACUCAGCUUCCCCAUCUCGGAUGACUAAUGCUUCACGCAGUGGUUACAGGUCCAGCUCCCAAUCCAGGAGCAAUGUCCCCUCACUGGGCUCCUACAAGAGGUCCGGCCGCUCCUAUUCAGCUAUGCCUAUGUCUAUGGAAAACUUUGAUCUCACCCAAAGCAGCGCAAUGAACAAUGAGUUCAAGAUCAUCCGUACCAAUGAGAAAGAGCAAAUGCAGGGUCUCAAUGACCGCUUCGCGAUGUUUAUCGAUAAGGUGCGCAACCUGGAGCAGCAGAACAAGGUCCUGGAGACCGAGCUUGUCACCCUGCGCGGGCGGCAGAACGAGCCCUCCCGUCUGGCCGACCUGUACCAGCAAGAGAUCCGCGAGCUGCGCUCCCAGCUGGAGGAAGUCAACGGGGAGAAGUCCCAGAUAAUGAUCGAGCGCGACAACAUCGAGGAGGACCUCCUGAAACUCAGGGCCAAGUACGAGGAUGAGUACCGCGCCCGGGAAGAGGCAGAGCAGAACCUCAAGGCGUUCAAGAAGGACGUGGACGAUGCAACCAUGGUGCGUCUGGACCUGGAGAAGAAAGUGGAGUCGCUCUUGGACGAGAUCAACUUCUUGAGGAAGGUGCAUGAGGAGGAGGUGACCGAGCUGAUGAACAUGAUCCAGGCUUCCCAGGUGUCGGUUGAGAUGGAGGUGGCCAAGCCUGACCUCACCUCAGCCCUCAAGGAGAUCCGCGGCCAGUACGAGUCCAUGGCGUCCAAGAACCUGCAGUCCGCUGAGGAGUGGUACAAGUCCAAGUUUGUCGACCUGAACGAGCAGGCCACUCGCAGCAACGAGGCGAUGCGCACGAGCAGGGAGGAGAUCAACGAGUUCAGGAGGCAGCUGCAGUCCAAGACCAUCGAGAUCGAGAGUCUGAGGGGAACCAACGAGUCUCUGGAAAGGCAGCUCCAGGAGAUGGAAGACAGGCACAAUAAUGAGAUUGGCAACUACCAGGAUUCCAUGGCCCAGCUGGAGAACGAUCUGAGGACCACUAAGGGUGAGAUGUCUCGUCACCUGAGGGAAUACCAGGACUUGCUGAAUGUCAAGAUGGCGCUGGACAUUGAAAUAGCUGCUUACAGGAAACUUCUGGAAGGGGAGGAGACCCGCAUUAGCACAGGCAUCACCUACCCCAGCCCUGGCGGCGGCAGCCAGAACUACAACUACCAGGCCCGCAUGUACACCUCUUCCUCCGGGGGCUCCAAGGCCUCCAAGAAGGAAGGCAAGGACGAGGAGCAGCAGAGCAAGUCCGGCAAGAUCUCCUCCUCCCAGCGGGAGAUGUACGAGGAGACGGUGGUCACCUCCAAGAAGACGGAGAAGCAGCCGGAAUCCGGCGACAGCAGCCCCAAAAACUAAAACGCCCCUAAGAAAAACCUCCCCCCUCUUCUCUCCGUCCCUUGCCCAAUUCCAAAACCAUCGCUAGACCCCACACUCGAGGAGUUAGAGGGGAUGAGAGGAUGCGGGUGAAGGGGGGG